UUGUAAAAUUUACAGCAAGAUAUCAUGGCUAUGGCUGUUGGUUCAGCCCCGUUCGUCUUAAAUUCCGGAACUAUGCGUAGUCAAAUAUCCAAGGAGCUACGAGCAAAAGCGAAUGAUUUUCUUAAUUCACGCCGUCAUGCUAACAAUCUGGUGGAUAUUAUUGCUUAUUUCGAGCAUUCCCUUAAAGAAAAUGAAUCAAUUGCAGCCACUGUGUUGACUUUGGAGGUCGUAUUUGUGGAGCUCUUGAAAAGGAGGGAGAUGUGCAAAGACAGUGUGCCACUAAAACCAAAAGACGAAAGUCCAGAAACUAAAUAUCGUGAAUGGCUGCGACAACGUUACGAAGAAGCCUUGUGUUUAAUGCACAGCGCUUUUGACCACGAAAAAUCAGCUGAAGCUUCGCAAGCAUUGGUGACAAGCAUAAAAUUAUUGGCAGCAGAAGGAAAAUAUCCAUUAGACAAGAGUGAUGAGCCCUGCAAAUUUCCAAAACAACGACUACGCAAUAUUCUGCAGAAGUUGCUUUCAUCAGAAAAGUCUCAAAAUGUUCUGCUACAACGUUUUAAAGAAUAUUCUGAAUAUUUGGAUUUGUUAUUUUAUAGUUGGAAGUUGUUGCAACAGUUAGCUUCUCGUACCGCCUUCUCUAAUGAAGUAUUUGCGUGUAAUUAUUUGGAGCUUAUAAAUGCUUUGCCUGUGACCAAAGAUGUACAAGAACAGCAAAAGCUGUUAUGUAUAACACAUUCCAAUGAAAAUUCUGCACAACCAGAGUGUCUGGAUUAUGCGCAAACACGAAAAUGUAUUAAUAAAGUUUGGCUGUCUCUAAUGCAAUGGACGGAUGGUAUACAGGAGCCCGUACAUAGGCAAAUGCUAAUCAUAUUGUUAGAACGUGUGUUGCCACAUUUGGAUAAGCCAAUUCUUUUGACAGAUUUCCUUAUGGAUUCACUUGACUGCGGUGGCCCCAUCAGUUUACUUGCAUUACAAGGCAUCUUCACGUUAAUACAGAAACAUAAUAUAACAUAUCCUAAUAUUUACGAGAAACUGUAUUCGAUGUUCGAACCUGAGAUUUUCCAUACCAAAUUUAAAGCACGUCUUUUCUAUUUGGCUGACAUUUUUCUAAGCUCAACACACUUACCAGAGAAUUUGGUUGCAGCCUUUGUUAAGCGUUUAGCACGACUUAGCUUAAUCGCACCACCGCAAGAUGCUGUAAUUAUUUUAUAUUUCAUCGGAAAUCUGAUUUUACGCCAUCCGGGCUUAAAACGCCUAAUAUGCGCACAGGCUGCUAUAGAAGUUUCACGUGAUCCUUUCGUUAUGGAGGAACGUGAUCCAACGAAAUCAAAUGCACUAGACAGUUCAUUGUGGGAAGUAGUAUCACUGCAGAAACACGCUAUUCCAGCUGUUGCGAAUGCGGCACGUUUUAUUUCGCAACCCUUGCCGAGCACUGAAUGGGAUUUAUCUUCUGUACUGGAAUUAAAAGAAGACGAUAUUUUCGAUCAGGAAAUAGCAAAAAAGAGUAAACAAUACGCAUUAGCAUUUGAACGGCCACAAUCAUUAUAUUUGGCACAUGACGAUAAAAUAAAACAAUAUUGGAAACUGUUCUAAAAACACACAAAUAAGUAGAUGUAAAUAUUUAGGUGUACCAUGCAAAAAAGGUGAAAGUUUUUUUUUACUCUUUGAAUUUGUUUUAUUUUAAAUAUUUAAUACGUCUAUAUGCUUUUAUAAAUUUAAGUUAUCUUAAUGUUGUUGUGCUAUAUAUAAAUGGUUAAAUAAUAAAAUGUAAUGAAAAGGGCAA